AUGGCAAGCAUGAAGAAAACAAUUUCUGAAAUGCAAGAAGCAAAAUCGGCUGGACAAUGCGUGGUUGUUGUGACGAUUGAGGCUGUUGAUGUGGAAAAAUCAUGGUACUACACUGCGUGCAAUAUUUGCAAUAGAAGAGUCGUAAGAAAAGUAAAUGAUUUUGAUGCUAUUGAGAACCAUGUUCAGUUGAACCCUCGAUACAAUUGCAUUGCAUGCAAGAAAGAUGUUGAACAAGUUAUUCACUGUUAUUAUUUGGUUUUACGUGUAACUGAUAAAUCAAAAGCAAAAGCCAAGUUUUUGCUUUUCAACAAUGCUGCUCAUAAACUCAUUAGAAGAUCUGCUUUUGAGUUAGUCGAAGAGGCUGCUGAGGGAAAUCCAUGGAUUUUACCUCAAUCUCUAACAGAUGUAAUUGGGAGAAAAGUUUUAUUUUGGAUCACUAUCAAAUCUUAUGGUCUGAAAGAACAAAAUUCAACAUAUGUUGUUGAUCAACUGGUUGACGAUGCAUAA